GAAGUACGCCGCACACAACCGUAGAAUGGGGCACAGCCGCCAUGACGUGGGAAUUGGCUGCAUCCCAGCUGCUGCACUUUGACGAUGCGGGAGUGCCCAGGGGGUCUUGCAGAGCCUAUGGCUGCGACUGCUACCAGCCGCCAGUGGCAAGGCCAAUCACCUUGGAUGGCCGUCGUCCAGCAUGCUCAAACCAUGCUGCUCCUUGCCAUCGGUGUGGGCGACCAGCAGAAGAUCACGGAGAUCUGAGCCGUUGGUAUGACGCUGCUUUGGCCUGGUUGCGUCGAAUGAACACCAGCCGGAAAGCCUCCACAGGGCUGCCAGCUCAAGCUCAAAGCUGGGAGCCUUGUGCAGCUGUGCUGUGGGCCCUGUCAGGUUCUGCCUUCGACCUGGGAAGCCAAGUUGAGGAGUACAGGGAAGAACGCUUUGUGGGUGACACCAAGCUGAUCUCUGUCAUUGCCGUUACAAGCCAGGGCAGGCAUGCGUUUCACCCACUCCUCUAUGAGACCUUCCGACGUCAAACAUACGAGCCAGCGGAGCUCAUUGUGGUGGACAGUGGCGCAGAGCCAUCAACAUAUAUGCUGGAGCGCAAGAGCGAAGAUGAAAGAGUGUUCUACUACUUCUUUAAGGCAGAGAGCUCACAACAGCCUGGAUCACCGCGGCUUCAAGAGGAGUCUGCAGCCGAUGCCAUGGCACCGGCCUUGAGGAGCGACAAUCCAAUGGAGUGCACUGAAUGGACACGACGGCGACCUUUUCAAACUGAGGUGAAGAGGGAAGGCUGGACAAAGGGAUUCAAGCGAAACCUAGCUUGCAUGAUGACCAGGGGCUCGACCAUUGUGAUCUUCGAAGAUGGCUGUUUGUAUGCAGAGGAUUACUUGGAGCUGAUGCACCAGGAAUUGUUGAAAGCCGAAGGCAGUUUAGCAGCUGUAGCCUUGCAAACCUGGCACACCGCCUCUUUGGCACAUCAGACCUUUCGUUGGGUGGACCUCACAGAGAGGGACCUACAGCUGCCAGAGGCACUUCCUUUAUCAGACAAGCUGGCCCAUGGAUUUACGCAUGCUUUUCGGAGGGCAGCUUGGCUGAAGCAGCCCUUUCCCGACAAAGAAGGGCCCCAGGACAGACACUUCCUGGAAGCUUUGCAAAGACAAGACAUCAAGGUGCUUCUUCCCAAGCAGCCCCGAGACGCUGCCUUGGCGGCUUGCGGCUGGUGCCAGCAGAACCUUUCCACCGCCCAGGAUGCCGCCACCAAUGUCAAUUUGUACUCCGAGUUGCUUAUCCUUGCAUGUCGUGGACACGAGGAAAGCUCGACACCUCAACGGCUGAGCCCUUUGCUGCCAUUUGCAAUGUCCGGAGUCGAGGCAUUUACAGCAAAGAGCGAGAUGCGGCUGAAGCAGAUGCUCGAAAAGGAGGGCACCGUCUACGUGUAUGGCUGCACCUUUGACAUAGGUCAAUUCUCUCGAGCUGGUGGGGCCGUUGCUGAGGGCCGCGAGUACGAUGACGGCACAACAUGGUUUCCAGGUUGGAUUUGGCGCAUGGCUAUUUGCCGGACAUGCGGAACUCAUAUCGGCUGGCGCUUCGAGAGCAGGUCUUGGAACAAGUCAGGUGGCCGUGGCGAUGCCUCCCUCUUCUGGGGAUUGAUUUGGCGGCACUUGCGCGAGCAUUGUGCUGCUGGACCACAACCGCAAACUUCGAAACGUCCAGAGCUUCGCUGCCCGAAGGAGCAUCCUUUGCGACGCUACGCCACACCGCAUGCACACUAUAUUUGCGACGUGUGCAACCGACAGGUGAAGGUUGGUGAGCAUCUUUGGGGGUGCGGUGCUUGUGACUAUGACAUGUGCGACGGAUGCAAGGCCAAGGUCAUCCAUGGUGCCAAAGUUGAGCACAGAGAGAGUCAAGGUCUUGCAGGCCUUGCGAAGACUGCACAGAAACCAUCCCAGGAAGCACCUCCCGAGGCACAGCAGGCGUUGCCUGCCAUUGCCUUGCCGCUGCGGCCGGAGGUGGCAUUGUGGCGGUGCCAUGCUAUGUAUUGGCCGUGAGAUGAGGUCUGAGAAGAUAUUUGCCCUUUAACUGCAUAUAUAAAUAUAUAAUGUAUUCUAGGAUGUUUGGGUGCUCAAAGGCACCUCAACUCCCAGUGCGCCCUCAGAGGGAGUUCGAAGUUUUGUGAGACGGCUUGUGGUGGGGGUCUUGUACUCGUGAC